ACUCACCCACCACUUUAUUCUAACCCUUCACUUCUUACCCUCCAAAACCUUACUCGCCGCCGUCCAUGGCGGCCGGAGAAUAUUCCGAUCAAAAAUUCCGCCUCCUCGCCGCCCUCCUAACUUUCCUCAUCCUCGCCGGCGUCACCGUCGCCGUCGCCUGGCUCGUCCUCCGCCCCUCCAAACCACAUUUCGUCCUCCAAAACGUCGUCGUUUUCGAUCUCAAUCUCACCGCCGGCGACUCCGUCACCGCCAAUUUUCAAGUCACCGUCGCCUCCAGAAACCCCAACGGUCGGAUUGCCGUCAACUACGACCGCCUCGUCGCCGGCGCCGCCUACCGCGGCCAACAGAUCACACUUCCGACGCGGCUGCCGGCGACCUACCAGGCCGGAAAGGAGACCAUCGUCUGGUCGCCGUUCUUGUACGGACCCCAAAUCCCGGUGGCGCCGUACGUCGGAGUUUCUCUCAGACAGGACCAGAUCGCCGGCACGGUGCUGGUGACCGUCCGAGUGGGCGGCGGAAUCCGGUGGAAGGUGGGGACGGUGGUGUCGUGGAAGUACCGCCUGACCGUGAACUGCCCGGUGUAUCUGAAUUUUCCGGCGAGGAAGAACGGCAGUGGCGUAGCCGUCGGAACGGCGACGUUUCAGAAUCACCUGAUUUUGGACUGCCACGUCGACGUUUGACCAAUUAGUGUAAUUAUUAAUUAAUUAUGUCUGUGCUUUGUUUGUGUAGGGAGUGAUAUUUUUACGAUAAUUUUUAUUUUUAUUUAGAGUUUCUAAUACGUUGUAAUAAUAUGUUUGUUUCUGCAAAGCUAUCUGCUGAUAGGCUCUAUUUACA